UCAUUUUUUUCUGCAUUCUCAUCAGCAAAAACACCAUGGAAGGGUUUCUUCAAGCUGGUUCUUCAUAUUUUUACUGCAACAGGCAGAAAGACAACCAGAAACAGAAUAGAGGAUUGUUACGAAAGGGGUAAAAACGAAAGAGAAAAAAACGAAGGAAAGAAGGGAGAGCAGAACUCAAAAAUCAUCAGAAACGAAGCAUAACGUACGAGUCAAUCUUGAGAGGAUACUAUCAAAGCUGCAGAAUUUGUGGUUAAAAGGAGUAACACUGCAUUUGCCAAACUGUUAAAGAAAGGAGAACUGAAAAUUGUGGAUUAACCAUUUGUUACUGCUCGUAUUUAGAUAAAAUGCCUAGAAGAAAAAUUCUAAGGGGAAGCAUUGUUCAAAAUGAUCCAAACUCGACAGAAACAAAUAGUACUGAACAACAUACAGCAAUUGGAUCUUCAAAUGUUCCGAUUACACCUGAGGAUCCUACGGAAGUUCAAACUGAAAAUGGUAGGACGCGCAGAGGUCGAGGACAUACGCUACUUAGAGAGUUAUACGAGUUAGAUCCAGUCGAGCGUGUCAAAGUUGGACGAAACAGUUUUGGUCAGCCUGUUGGAUCAGAAGCUCGACUUUUAGCAGGAUACAUGGGCAUUUUAGCACGAAAUGCGAAUAUGUUGCCUAUCAACUACGAGUCAUGGCGUCAAAUGCCCGAUAGCAACAAAAACCAAGCCAUCGAUAAUAUUAAGGCGAGGUUUGCUUUAGAGGUCUCGGAUGCUUAUGUAAAGAAGGCAUUGGGAAAAAGAUGGAGAGACAAUAAAAGUACUUUGAAGAAAAAUUAUUAUAAGACAAAAACAACCCUCGAUGAGAAAUUGCAAAAUGUCCCGCCGGGUAUGUUGAGGUACCAAUGGGAAGAUGCGAUUAGAUUUUGGCAUUCGAAGAAAGGCUACCGGUCGGAUGAACGUCUUAUGCCAUACUUGGAGGCAUCCGGAUUCAUAUCAGCGACAAUGAUCCGCAUGUUCGAUUUGAGGUGCGACUUGAUAUCGGCUCUGGUCAAGCGGUGGCGCCCGAAUACCCACACAUUUCAUUUGUCGUGUGGGGAGUGCACCAUCACUCUGGAAGAUGUUGCAUUGCAACUCGGGCUCCUAAUCGACAAUAGUGUGGUCACAGGUGUAAGUACAAUGUCUGAACCGACGACGCUUUGCUAUUACUUACUAGGACGCUCGCUCGAUGAUGGUGGAGAUAAAUUUACAAGUUUGAGAUUUUCAUGGUUGAAGGGAAAUUUCGAAACUUUACCAAGUACUGCCACUGAGCGAGAGAUGAUGUGCGUCGCUUGA